UACACCACCCGACCAAAAUACCCACAACUUCUCUCUCGCUUCUUUAGGUACAGGCAGCAGCAAUGGAAGAUGAUACUCUCAACCUUUUGGACGGGGAAAGUUCCUUGCCGGCCGAGAAAAGAUUGAAGCCUUUGGCUUCCGAGGAGUCUUCAUCAUACCCACAUGAAUCCAAGAUUCAAUUGGGUCUUUCCCUCUGUCUUUGUACCGAUGAUGUUUUCAUCUCAAAACUAGAGUCUUUGUCUUCUCCGGCAACAGUAAAAGAUUGUCCCACCAUGGCUGAACCUUCUUCUACUUCAUCCUCAUCUUCUUCUUCCUCUUCCUCUUCUUCGUUGACGAUUAAAGCUAAUCUCUUUUCCGGCGCUAAGAGAACUGCCGAUCAUUCUGCAUUCCCCCGCAGUCAAGUGGUGGGAUGGCCUCCUGUACGCAAUAAUAGAAUGAACAACCUCAUCAAUCAAGCAAAACCUGCUUUUACCCAAGAAUUUGAUUCAGAAGAUAUGAGAACCACAAAUAUGAAUGAUGUGGUUGAUGCGAGUAAUAAUACAAGUGUUAAUCCCACUGUAUGGAAUGAGCAGUCUAGGACUUUGCUUGUGAAGGUUUAUAUGGAUGGAUAUCCAAUUGGGAGAAAAGUAAAUCUGAAUUCUCAUAUUUGCUAUGAUACCUUAGCAGGAAUGUUGGAAGACAUGUUCUUUGGUUCACGCAAGAGCGAGACAACAACAACUUCUAGAUUGUUGGCCGAAUCUUCUGAAUUUGUUCUCACCUAUGAAGACAAAGAUGGAGAUUAUAUGAAAGUUGGAGAUAUUCCUUGGAGGAUGUUCACUAGCUCUGUGAAGAGGCUUAGAAUCAUGAGAAAACCCGUCGUCCCUAAUGGAUUUGGAGAAGAAUACGGCUGUUUGGAAUGAGGAGUGACGUGUUAGGUUAGAUGUUUUGUGGGUCUGGUAUGGUUUUGGUAUUUGGUUGGUUAGGUUUAAAAGUUAUGGAAAUGAAAAAGUAAUAAUAAAGAUGUGUGGUGAAGAAAAUUUAUUAAGAGUGUUGUCAAAAACAUAAUGAAGUGUGCGAUUUGAGCCACUUUUGUAAGUUCUGAGUGGUUGUAUAUUGAGUCAAUAAUAUGAUUUAUUUUGCA